AUGGAAAGUCUCAAGCAGCAUGCCAUCUUUGGACUGGAUUCUCGGCGGAGUUGGGUUGUUAAUGGGUUUUGCUGCUGGGUCGCACUUACCGCAACGUUAAGCAUUCGCUCAAGUGGAGUCCUUUUUGUGGGAGUGGUUCAGUUCUUCGAUGUCACACGUGAAGAUGCUUCCAUGCCAAUGACUGUACAGAUCGCUUGCAACUUUAUGGGCGGAGGAACCCUGGGUGGAAUUACGGUCGCUGUGAACACGAUAUGCACUCAGCAUUUCAAAAAGUGGCAAGCAACAGCAAUCACAAUCGCAAUAUCAUUUCAAGCAGUGAAUGUAUUUUUUAUGCCGCAGCUGACGAGUUAUUUUAUUUCCACAUACGGAACGCUGGGAGCAUUUUUACUUCUUGGCGCAGUUACUCUAAAUGCAUUUCCCGCAGCUCUGGCCCUUCGAAGCCCCCCCUGGGUGCAUACUAAACGUUUCAAGGAGCCUGUGUCAGUGAACCGUCCGGUGAUUGAACCUAAAAUAACACAAGACAAUGGCGAAGAUUCCCAAGAAAGCUUAGAUUUCACAGAAAAAGAAAACAUAUUAUUUGUUGUCCAUGACGCGUCAUUAACCGCAAGGAAGGAAAAAAUCAUAGGUCUUAAAGAGGACGAAAAAACGUUUCGCAACCGCACACAUAAUGCCUUGAAGAAUACACUAAAGCUUCUAUCGAGUAUAAAAUUUCACGUGGAUGCUUUCUCGUUCGCUGUUCAAAUGUACGUUCUGACGACGUUCAUCAUUAUACACGUUGAUCUCGCGAGAGACAAAAAUAUUGAAUUGGGAUCUGGGGUUUACUUGAUGCACUCAUUCACAAUCGGGGAUAUACUCUUCAGGGUGAUGGGGGGUCUUCUGGUCGAUCGCCGUGUCGCGGCUUUAGAGACUGUAGUCAUGCUUAGCUUUGUGGGAUGUGCAAUCGCUUGUGAAGGUUUUAUCUGGUUGUCAUCGUUGCUGCCAUUGCUGCUGCUGUCUUCAUUGCUCGGUGCGAGCCAGGGUUUAAUUGUCUCACUGCCAUCAAUAGUGCUGCUGCAUGACUUCAAAGAUCAACCGCUACCAAUGAUGUUUGGAACAUUACGCUUCAUCGGAGGCCUGCUACUGAUGACAAGACCGCCCCUUCUUGGUUAUUUCAGAGAUAACGAAGGAAAUUAUGAUGGUCUCUUCCACACGCUCGCCGUUGUGAAUGGACUCAUCGGUGCUGUUUGGGCAGUUCGCAGGGUGCGACUGAAGGCAGCCUCGCUAGCAGUACGCUCCGAACAAAUUACUCGGAACUCUGCAGCCUUGUCGAUGGACUCAAUAAAUACCCAGUUUGCGGUUUAUGUAAGUGGUUUCCGUUUAAGCGCGUCAGUCCUGUUUGCCUAUGUUAAAGGGCAGGCAGGCCACAGUGUGCCGCCUACUUUAACAUAUGGGUCAGCGCUAUCGCUAGCGGUAAAGGACAACAAACAACAGCUAUAA